AUGCUCCUCCCCCGUCCAAUUCACCUUCCGUGGACUUCGUUACGAUCGCUAAGGCCCCUCUCCCGCCCAAGAUUCUUCUCUGUUUUUGGUCCACGUUAUACAAUCGAUAUGGAGACCGUGAAUACUUCUGAUCGCUUGUCAAAGCUGAGGCAGUUGAUGCAGCAGCACAAGGUGGAUGUUUACAUUGUGCCCUCAGAAGACAGCCACCAAUCCGAGUACAUUGCGCCAUGUGAUGCCCGUCGAGAAUUCAUUUCGGGAUUCUCGGGCUCCGCAGGCACUGCUAUUAUCUCUUUGAGCAAAGCAGCUCUCUCGACCGAUGGACGAUACUUCAACCAAGCCGCAAAGCAACUAGAUAACAACUGGCAGCUUCUGAAGAGUGGAAAUGAGGGGGUGCCUACAUGGCAGGAAUGGACCACGGAGGAAGCCCAAGGUGGAAAGGCCGUUGGUGUCGAUCCCUCGCUGAUCACAGCAUCUGGUGCCCGGAAACUGGCAGAGACCCUUGAAAGAAAUGGUUCAUCGCUUGUGGGCGUCCGGGAAAACUUGAUCGACUUGGUUUGGGGUGAGGGUCGCCCCGCGCGUCCUAUCGAGAAAGUGCGCGUGCAUCCUGAGAAGUAUGCUGGAAAAUCGUUCCAGGAGAAGGUCACCGAGCUGCGGAAGGAGCUUGAGCAAAAGAAGAAAGCUGGUUUUGUCAUCUCCAUGCUUGAUGAGAUUGCUUGGCUAUUCAACCUGAGAGGAACUGAUAUUCCUUACAACCCUGUCUUUUUCUCUUAUGUCAUCAUUACACCCACCACCGCUGAGAUCUACGUCGACGAUGAAAAGUUGACUCCGGAGGUCAAGGCUCACUUGGGACAAGAUGUUAUUGUGAAGCCAUACGACUCUAUCUUUGCUGACGCUCAGGCUCUCAGCGCCAAAGGCCAGUCUGCAACUGGGAACGCCGGCAAAUUUUUGCUGUCAAACAAGGGUUCCUGGGCUCUCAGCCUUAGCCUUGGUGGCGAGGGACAGGUCGAAGAGACUCGUAGUCCAGUCGCAGAUGCCAAGGCUAUUAAGAAUGAGGUUGAACUCGAGGGAAUGCGGGCUUGCCAUAUCCGCGACGGUGCUGCAUUGACUGAGUACUUUGCUUGGCUUGAAAAUGAACUUGUCAACAAGAAGACUGUCAUGGAUGAAGUUGAUGGAGCUGAUAAGCUGGAGCAGAUCCGCUCUAAGCGUGAUCUGUUCGCUGGUCUCUCUUUCGAUACCAUUUCCUCGACCGGACCUAACGGAGCUGUCAUUCACUAUAAGCCCGAGAAGGGACAUUGUUCUAUAAUUGACCCCAAUGCCAUCUAUCUCUGCGACUCUGGAUGUCAAUACUUGGAUGGAACGACAGACACCACGAGAACAUUCCAUUUUGGUGUUCCUACUGAUUUCGAAAAGCGUGCUUUCACUUUGGUACUCAAGGGAACUAUUGGAAUUGACAUGGCCGUGUUCCCCAAAGGCACUAGUGGCUUUGCAAUUGAUGUCUUGGCCCGCCAACAUUUGUGGAAGGAAGGUUUGGACUACCUCCACGGAACUGGCCAUGGUGUUGGCUCUUACCUGAACGUUCACGAGGGUCCUAUUGGCAUUGGAACUCGUGUUCAGUACACCGAAGUCCCCAUUGCGGCCGGAAACGUUAUCUCGGAUGAACCUGGAUACUACGAGGAUGGCAAGUUCGGCAUUCGAAUUGAAAAUAUUGUCAUGGCUAGAGAGGUCAAAACUGCCUACAAUUUCGGCGACAAGCAGUGGCUAGGCUUUGAGCAUGUUACGAUGACUCCCAUUGGUAGAAACCUGAUUGAACCGUCGCUUUUGAGCGACGCCGAGCUGAAGUGGGUGAAUGAUUACCAUGCUGAGAUCUGGGCUAAGACAGAGCAUUUCUUCCGGGAUGACGAACUGACACGCUCGUGGCUCGAGCGUGAGACCCAACCUAUCUCCAAAUAA